AUGGCGCCGCCGUGGCUCCUGCUCUGCGCGCCGCUCCUGCUGGGCGCCGCCCUGGCGCGGGGCUCGCCGCCGCUCCCGCUGGUUCUCAACACCUGGCCCUUUGGGAACGCCACGGCGGCAGCCUGGAGGACGCUGGCCUCCGGGGGCUCCGCGCUGGACGCUGUGGAGCGGGGCUGCGCGGUGUGCGAGAGCGAGCAGUGCGACGGCACUGUGGGCUUCGGGGGAAGCCCCGACGAGGUCGGGGAGACCACGCUGGAUGCCAUGAUCAUGGACGGCACUACCAUGGAUGUAGGCGCAGUGGGCGACCUCAGACGAAUUAAAAAUGCGAUUGGCGUGGCACGGAAAGUCCUGGAACACACCACACACACGCUUCUGGCAGGAGAGUCAGCCACCAAGUUCGCGGAGAGCAUGGGCUUUGUCAAUGAGGACCUGUCCACCGAUGCCUCUCGAGCGCUUCAUUCAGAUUGGCUGGCUCGGAACUGCCAGCCGAAUUACUGGCGGAAUGUUAUCCCAGAUGCUUCAAAAUACUGUGGACCCUACAAGCCACCCGGUGUCUUUCAGCAGGCUGGCUGUGCCUCCGGAGGAACAGGAGCUCACCACGGUCAUGACACUAUCGGCAUGAUUGCUAUCCAUAAGUCGGGACACAUAGCUGCCGGUACAUCUACUAACGGUAUAAAAUUCAAAAUACAUGGUCGCAUCGGAGAUUCUCCAAUUCCCGGAGCCGGAGCUUACGCUGACGACACCUCGGGGGCCGCCGCGGCCACUGGGGACGGGGACAUACUGAUGCGCUUCCUGCCCAGCUACCAAGCCGUGGAAUACAUGAGAGGGGGAGAAAGUCCCACCACAGCCUGCCGGAAAGUGAUUUCUAGAAUCCAGAAGUACUUCCCAAAGUUCUUUGGGGCUGUCAUCUGUGCCAACAUGACUGGGAGUUAUGGUGCUGCUUGCAAUAAACUGCCGGCGUUUACUCAGUUUACUUUCAUGGUUUCUAAUCCUCUCACGGAGCAGCCUGUGGAGGAAAAAGUGGACUGCAUCUGA